AUGAGUAAGUUUUACGGCGUCGCACACGGUUUUGAGCGAGGCGUUUUCACGGAUUGGAACGAAGCCAAAAAACAGGUGGGAGUUUUCUUUGAAUGCCGUGUUCAAAACGAUUUCGUGAAAUUGAAAAUAGCCGUUAGAGAAAAAGAAAGAUAUAGCUGAUUCACGGCUGGCUUGGGCCAUCGAAAAAAGGGUCCUGACACGAUAAGAGAAGAGAUAGUGCCUGGUUGGUAGAGAGCACAGACAGGACACGCCCUCAUAGUGUCUCAAGCUAGCCAUGAAUCAGCUAUAACUAUAUUUGGGAGAGUUAAAGAUAAUUUUUUUGCGGAAAUAACUUCGAACUUGGCAUAAUGAAAGAGCCGUGUAAAAAAGUUUUUAUUUUUCUUCGACUCGAUAAAAAAAAUGUUUUUUUGCUUGAUUUGAAAACUUGCUUGAGAAAUUGGUGUUUUUCCAAUAUUGUUUAAAGCAAAUUUUUAUUUUUCUAGUAUUUUUCAUUUCGAUUCAGAUCGAUGACUUUCCCCAACCGGUGUACAAAAAGUUCGGAACGGAGGAAGAAGCUCAGAAAUAUGUCGAUGAACGGAAAGCUGAUAAGGUUGAUAGUGAGUUUACAGUUGUUUAGAAUCAUAAAAUCUUUAUUUUUUUCCUCUUAUUUUUUUAUCAUUUUUUUCAUCACGGAUUCGAAUUUUAUUAGAUUGUAAAAUUUAAAAAAAGAGUUUUUUUGUUGAAUUUUUGGUUUCAAGCUUCCAGUGAUUUUUUUCAGUUGGAAAAAGUCUCUUUUAAGAGUGUAAAAAAAUAUUAAAAAAAGUAUGGAAAGAUGAAAUUUUUUGAGAAAAGUGAGUAGGAGGAUGGAAAUGGCCUUGAAAAUUUCGAAAAGGCUUUUUUUUUUCUUAUUUUUGAUUUUUGUGAAGAAACACGGAAGAAAUCUGAUUCGCAAGGUCUUACAGAACGUUUAAAGUUGAUUUAUUUUUCGAAUUUCGUCAGUUUUUCAGCCUCAUUCCCUGAAUCCGACCUCGCUACUUAUUAUACAGUGGCUCGAGGAAAAACUGUCGGCGUUUUCACAAAUUAUGACGAUGUGAAGAAAAGCGUAUGUUUUCUGGAUCAAAAAAUACUUUGAUGGUAGGAAGGAAUUUCGGGUCCACGAAUAUUCGUGAGCGUUAAUUGUGCAUACACCAAUCUUGGAGGCUCGAAUCUUUGAAAAUUUGAAUCUUUGGAAACGAUUCUUGGGAAUAUUCACCUCUUUUCUGAUUUUUUAUAAUUUUUCCAAUUUUAUAUGUAAAUGGAAGUUGAUGGAGAAUGUACACAGAGUUAAUGAAAAUGUGGUAGGCGGCUGCAGUGAAUCUUUGACUUCGUGUAUGCGAGAAAGACGCAUUAAUUGAUAAAAAGUAAGUUGAAAAAAAUCAUACAGUAUUCAUUAUUGGUAUAGCCCCCCGCAUAUGUUGGAUAUCACCCCCCGCGACACGUUCGAACAAGCCCCCCACACUUAUCCAAUAUAGCCCCCGGAACUAUUCAGUAUAACCCCCACACCGAAAAAAAGUCACGCAACGAUCACGCAGGACACGUGUCAGAGCUUCCAUUUUUUUAAAUUUAUUUUUCUAAUUUUUUUCGUAUCAUUCGUCGUUCUUGGUUGUUUCAAAUGGUUUUUUUGUAUUUUUCGCAUGUAAAUUCGUGUUCUUUUUGUGAAUUUAAUAAUUUUUUUGUGAUUUGUUUUUUUAGACCAUGGAAGAAAUUUGGUCGCUGACCGAGUUUCAUGAGAAGUUCAAGCCAGACAAAGAAGUUUACGGGUACGUCUCGCCGAGAUACGUACGAAUAUCAUAAAAUUAUGGGGCGCUGACCACUUAGAAAAAUUUAAGAACUUUAUUAGUUUUCAAUCAAGUAAUUGUUCUGAGCAAUAGAAUUUUUUGCUUUUUCUUUUCAUGCACAUUAAUUAAUAAAUUACUUAGGAAAAUAGGCUUAGUUUUAAGGCUUCACACGGAGGCGGAGCGCGCAUAGCGCGAAGCCGACUGUGGCUCGCUUCGAAAAAAACUGAGCCACAGUGAAAAAAAUGCGUCAAAUAAAUAAAAAUACUUAACAUAGAGGGGGGUCAUUCUGAAAUAGAGGGGGGCCAUUCUGAAAUGGGAGGGGGCCUUUCUGAAAUGGAGGGGGCCAUUCUGAAAUGGGAGGGGGCUUGUUCGAAUGAGCUCUGGGGGGACUAUUUCAAAGCCGUGCGGGCGGCAAAUAUGAAAGAUUGCCUAGGCAUUUCAGAAUCGCCCCCCGUUUUGUACUGUGGGGGGCCAUUCUAGAAUACAUAUUCACCCCCCGCGUUCGAUUCUUCCCCCCACAUGAAGUCCUCCUAUUUUACCCCCCACAGAUCGGAACUUGGCUUGGUGGGGGGCUUGUUGGAACGCGGGGGGCAAAAACAGUGUGGGGGGCGAUUCUGGAAUUUUCCCAGAGGUGAAUAUUCCCAAGAAUCGAUUUCAAAGAUUCAAAUUUUCAAAGAUUCGAGCCUCCAAGAUUGGUGUAUGCACAAUUAACGCUCACGAAUAUUCGGGAACCCAAAAUUCCUUCCUACUAUCAAUACUUUUGAUGAUAAUUUUUCAGAUUGCUGAUUAUCCACAGCCGAUGCAGAAAAAGUUCAACAAUUUGGAGGAAGCCGUCGCUUAUUUCAAAAGAUAUUAUCAGGGCGAAGGUAGUUUUGGUUUUUUUAAUUUUAAUAAAUAAUGGCUCUUUGGCUAUAUUUUUGGUUCGAAAAAAAUCAACUUUUUGUUGCAUAAAGACAUUUUUUUUAUGAAGGUUUCAAGCCGGAGAGCGACUUUUUUUCUCUUAUUUUAUACCAUUAAAAAAAUUUCUCCGCUAUAAAAAAACCUUCAGAAAAAGAUUUAUGAAGCUGUCUUUUCACUAGUAAAAUAUUGAUAAUCUUUUUUUAGAUGGUUGAAAUUGUGAUUUUUUUAACUUUUUGAACCUCUCGUUUUGCAUUUUGUUAGCUUGGGGAUAGAAAUUUCUGCAUUUAUGGAAAAUUUGAUUAAAAUAUUUGAAGAAGCUGUCUCUUUUUGCAAAAAAAAACCACUGUUUCAAUUUUUUAUCAGAUUUUUAACUAAAAAAUUUCACUCUAAUAUUUUUUUUCUUUCUCAAGUUUCAACUUUACUUCAAACACUACUGGCUAGUUUUUCAAUCUUUGGAUGUUUUAACAAGAUAAUUUGCCUUAUAAGCUCAGUUUUCUCUGUAAUCUCAUGAAAAAAAGUAGAAAAAUUUAUGGGAAGAAGUUGAUUUUUGACAGAAACUUAUGCUUUUCUAGAUAUUUUCUGUUUUUAUUGAAAGUUAAACUUGGGUAUUUCAGCCGAGGAAAGCUCGAGGCCAAAAAAAGAACCUCUGCAAAAAGCAAAGAAGGCCCACCGACAUUUUAUGCCGUUGCUAGAGGCCACAAAACUGGAGUGUUCGUUUAAUUUCGACAAUUUUUGCCUAUUUUCAUCAAUUUUUUAGAUUCUCCACCUGGGACGAAUGCAAGGCUCAAACGGCGGACUUCAAAGGCGCCAAAUUCAAAAAAUUCGAAAGCCAGGAAGAAGCUGAAGAAUUUGUGGAGAAAUGGGCGAAUCCGGCUGGGAAAUCGGUGGGUUUUGACAUAAAAAAAGAAAAAAGUUCUCUUAUUAAAGGCGCAUGGAAAAAUUAAUGAAAUUAUAUUUCAAAGCGAAAGAAAUUUCUCAUUUUUUUAGGCAGAAUCUGAAGGAAAAAGCUCAGAAGCGCAAAAAGUGGCGAAGCCGAGAGCGCCGAUUCCAAGAAGAAAAAAAUCGAAAUAAAAAAAUGACUUUGUUGUUUUUUUCAACUAGAAAUGUAUUUUACCCAUGUAUUUAG